CACUAACUCUGAAAUAUACUCGUAUAUAAAUAGAUCGAUCCGCUGUGAUCGGCAGCUACACCGAGCUGCUGAAAUAUAUCUCUCUCACACACACACACUUCAUAUUCAUUCCAUCGUCAUCAUAUCCAACAGCUCCGUAUCUCCAACGGGUUGAGGUUUUGAAGAAAGUGAAAAAAGUGUGAGUGAAAUCUAUCUAUAGAGAAAGAGAGAGUGGAUCAGAGAAUAAAAAAGGGGAUCUUGGAAAGGUGUUGUUCCGUGUGAAAAGGAACUGGUGAUGAGUGAAACAAAAGAUUUAAAGAUGAGAAAAACAUGAGUAAAGCAAAAAAGAUUUGGGAAAGUGGAAAUUACUGUAUAAAUGUGUUACUGGAUGAGUUCCUGUUGUUUUCUUUAGUUUUGAACUUGUUAGACGUCUAAUGGCUGAUGAUCGGUGCUUGUUCGGUAAGGAUAUGCUUAUCGUCAAACUUCCAGUAAAAAACUCGUUGGUGUUAAGAAUAGGUGUAGUGGCUUUUGUUAUGGUAUGCGGGGUUUUUAUGUGUUCAACUGGCCUAAAGCAAAUUACCAACUUUACCAAGGGUGGUUUCAUUGACAUUAAAGUGGCUGAGCGGCAUUGUGAGGUGCCCGCUGUUGAAAAAUGGGAGAGGUCUUUUGUGCAUUUACCCAAACCUACAACUUUUAGUCGGGCUGAAUGUGCAUGCAAUCCUGUUCGAUAUUUCGUUAUCGCAUCAACACAGAGAUCUGGAAGUGGAUGGUUUGAGACAUUAUUAAACAGUCAUAUGAAUGUGAGCUCCAAUGGAGAGAUUUUCUCAGUUAAACCACGAAGAAGCAACAUGUCAACAAUUGCGGAUACUUUGGACAAAAUUUAUAAUCUUGAUUGGUUUACAAGUGCAUCAAAGAAUGAGUGCACAGCUGCAGUGGGAUUGAAAUGGAUGCUUAAUCAGGGUUUGAUGCAGAACCAUGAGGCAAUAGUAGAGUACUUCAAUACUAAGGGAGUUUCGAUGAUCUUCCUUUUUAGAAAAAAUCUUCUUCGUAGAAGAAUCUCAAUACUUGCAAAUGCCUAUGACCAAAGUGCUAAGCCACUAAAUGGGAAACACAAAUCCCAUGUGCAUUCCCAUGAUGAGGCUAAAAUUCUAGCAAGUUACAAACCGUCAAUUAACACAACAUUACUGAUACCUGAGCUGCAACAAGCUGACAACAUGGUUAAGCAAGCUUUGGAACACUUCAAUACCACUCGACAUAUUAUCCUUUACUAUGAGGAUGUAAUCAAGAAUCAUACAAUAUUGAAUGAUGUUCAAGAUUUUCUAAGGAUCCCACGAAUGAAGCUUAAGAGUCGGCAAGUGAAAAUACACAAAGGUCCUCUGAACCAACAGGUUGAAAACUGGGAUGAAAUCCAAAAGGUACUAAAUGGAACCCAAUAUGAAAGCUUCCUGCAUGAAGAUUAUAAAGUUAGUUAAAUGCUUCUAAUUUUGUAUAUGUUGUUUUAACCAACUAACUCAUUCUUUAUUUAUUUCCUUUGUUAAA